GCCGGUACGACCGGCUCAGUACGGUAUAGUCGUCCAACGGAAUCGGACACUCGAAGUCUUAAGUCGCGCACCGUUGUCCGUCGGUUAUUCGAACGCCGCGUAAAUUCCAAAUCCCUCCGCACAUUCACGCGGAUACCGUUCAGGUGUUAAAUUGGAACUCGUGACGUGGGAGAAAAUCUGGUGAAAAAGGCCACUUUUAAAUUUCGGGCUUGGUUCGGGUAGAGCCCUAGCUACAUAUUUCAACAGUUUGUCCAGUGGUGGAAAAGAAAAGUAAUCGUCGCCCGAAAUGGAUAGCAAAGCUCCGCCGUAUCCAAAUUCACCGGCUGGAUUCGUGCCGGUUCCAACUCAGCAGCAACCGCAAAUGUCCAGCGGUGGGUACCCGCAUCCAACGCAGCAGCAAAGCUAUCCGUAUCCACCGCCACCACCACCAUACGAUGCCAAUGCUAACAUGAUCCCACCAAACCUGCAGGGGCAGCCUACAUACGUACACACGAUAGUAACCGCACCACAAGUUGGCCCCGAUCCAGCAUCCAUAAGCUGUCCAUCCUGCCAGAAGCAUGUCAUCACCCGGUUGGAUUACGAGACCUCAACCAAGACGCACAUCAUGGCCGGACUGCUGUGCCUCUUUAUAUGCUGGCCCUGCUUCUGGAUCCCAUAUGUAAUAGACUCGUGCAAAAAUGCCAACCACUACUGCCCAAAUUGUGGAGCCUACAUUGGAACGUAUCGAGGAUAACUUGGACCCGCCCAUAGCCGACUGAACACGAAACUUCUAUACUUCGAUAUAGGAAGACGCAUAAAACCCCGGUGCGAUAAACGCCUUCAAGGUUUGAUUACACCACAAGUCAGCUCAAUUUCACACAACGAAAUCCCAUUAUCAACGCAAACAACUUCGACUUGAGAUAAGAGUCGUCUGUUUUGAGUCAAAGUGAUUGAUGUCCACCCCUUCAAAGCACGCACUGAUGAAACAGUUGCUGGCUUAGGGAAUAAUAGUUAGGUCCUCGGUAAGUGCAGUGCCAAUGAGUGCAUUCAAAAUAUACUAUAGCGAUAGAGCAGGUGUUUAAAGAGUUCCUCAAACUGAUGUAGUUUAGGACUUGUAAACACUUAUACACUAUUACCGUCAAGUACGAGAAGAAACGAUCAGUACAUAAAUUUAAAUAAACUAUUGUAUUUUAAACCACAUAGUUAUGAAGUAAAUUCCUUUUCGGUGAACUGACGCUGCUAAGCAAUUGUGUUAUGUACAUUAGAACUUUUGUAUAAUAAAUAAAAUAGUCAUAUUUAUAAAAUAA